UGAUGGUCUCAGAGGAUGGGACUUUAGGGUUUUGCCUGGGGCUGUGAAGCCAGGCUUAGCGCCUUGGGGAGAAAACCAGAAGUGGUGGAGGAGAGGUCAAAUUCCAGGUACUGCAAAAUCACCUGGAGAUGGAGUGGAAACUGGAACGCACCGCGGGGCGGAAGAUCCGGACCGAGGAAGAGAUGCUGUGGGAGAACAUCAUGCGGGUGCUCGCCAAAGACAUGAGGCAGCAGAGAAGUCAAGGUUCCCUUAAGGCAUUUAACUCUGUCACCACUACGUACUCAAGCUUUAAGAACAAUUUAGUGAAGAGGUUGUCUGCUCAAGUUCCGGUGGCCAGCAGCCCAAUCACCACAAGAUGGCAGCCAAGCCCAGCCAGCGAUCUGGAAGGCGAUUCCACCGCCGAUCUCCCUGAAUCUAUGGGAUCAGUGCUAAAAAUAACGCCAGAGGCAGACACCCUAACUCUACGAUCCUUCAACAAAGAACCACUGAAGACCCCAGUGAAAGGAAGUUCUGAAAUAAGUAACUCCACUGUCCGUUUUUGCAAGACACCGCCUUCAGACAGAGGUGGGAAGGAAAAUACUGCUGCCAAAGGCCAGAAAUGCCUAAACGAGCUCUUUUUAACCCAGAAGGGGGUUCAACAAAUUAAUGGAAAAAUGCAGCUCUGUGAGGAAUCUCAGUGUGUCUGGAAAGGUUGCAGAGAUGGGUUCAGAAAUGAAUCCUUCCAUCUUGAAAAGUUCAGUGACAAAAACCAUUCUAUAUAUCAACCGGAGGUGAAGAUUCAUCUUACUGGUCUUCGAAAUGACUACUAUUUAAAUAUUCUAGACUGGAAUUUUCAAAAUCUUGUUGCUAUAGCCCUUGGAUCUUCUGUAUGCAUCUGGAAUGGGGAAACCCACAAUGGGACUGAAAUGAUAGACUUAAGCCUCAUCUGUAACUAUGUAUCUUCUGUGUCCUGGAUAAAAGAGGGAAUGUGCCUGGCAAUGGGCACCAGCGAGGGAGAAGUGCAAUUAUGGGACAUAGUAACUAAAAAGCGGCUGAGAAAUAUGCUUGGGCAUUUGUCAGUAGUUGGAGCCCUGAGCUGGAACCACUGUAUCCUCAGCAGUGGAUCAAGACUGGGGCGUGUCCAUCAUCAUGAUGUUCGGAUAUCUCAGCAUCAUGUAGGAACACUUUGCCACAAGCAAGCUGUGUGUGCUCUGAAGUGGUCACCUAAUGGCAGGCUGCUUUCCAGUGGAUGUAGUGACGGCCUGCUGGCCAUAUGGCCGCAUGAUCCAGGUGCCAGUGUUCAGGGCCAACCACUGAAAGCCAUGUCUCAGUCCACAGCAGUUAAGGCUGUGGAUUGGUGUCCCUGGCAGUCUGAGGUCCUUGCUGUUGGAGGAGGAAUGAAGGAUGGAUGCCUACAUAUUUUGGAUAUAAAUACUGGGAAGAGUAUCCAGACUCCAAGUACACACUCACAGAUUUGUUCUCUCAUCUGGCUACCUAAGACAAAGGAGAUUGCAACAGGCCAAGGAGCUCCCAAGAAUGAUGUGACUCUGUGGACCUGUCCCACUCUGUCUAGGUCGGGUGAGUUCUUUGGCCACAGAGGCAGAGUGCUGCAUCUGGCCCUGAGUCCAGACCAGACCCAAGUGUUUUCUGCUUCUGCGGACGGGUGGGCCUGUGUGUGGAAGUGCCACUAGUCACCCAGCCCCUUGUAGCUGAGGAUAGUGACACGGGCCUUCCUUCUCCAUGAG